AUUCGCCAAUGGACACCCGCGACGACACCACCAUGCCAGCGCCCGGAGAUUUCUACAACUACUCUCGAGCAACAUGGAAGGCAUCCAGGUCGAAUAUGCAGUCGAACGAACCGCAAGGAUCCGUCGAGAGUGGACCAAAGCCGUCGUCGCAUUUUGAACGAAGCCGAAACGCAUGGCGGGCAAAACGACAGGACUUCGAGUCCCAAGUUCAUGCUCCCGCAGCAGCAGUCAGCGCCGAAAGGUCAGCUCCAGCUUUGCAAUUACAGAAUGGAACGUUAUCAAAUGCGCUUUCGUCGUCGUUCCAAGAACGAGUGGAAGCGUUCUACCGGCAGUACAACCCUAGCAAGAUGGCCGAAGUGGGCAACCUCGUGGCAUCGUAUACCGGUCGAGAGAGUCUCCUUUUCGAAAAGCUGGAAGCCAAGUACUGCCCCAAACCUCAGAAUUUGCCACCGCUAACCAACGCGAGCCACGUCAAAGUGUACUUUGACAUUGCCCUGCACGCCACCGUGUCGCGAGUGGUCAUGCGGCUGCUGCACGAUGUGGUGCCCAUGACGGCCGAGAACUUUCGCUGCCUCUGCACAGGCGAGAAAGGCAAGUCGCUGCACUUUAAAGGCUCCAAGUUUCACCGGAUCAAGAAACACUUUAUGGUCCAAGGUGGAGACAUCACCAAGGGCGAUGGCACGGGCGGAUGUAGCAUCUACCACGGCACCCCCAAUGCAAAUGCAUGGGGGUACUUCAAGGACGAGUCGUUCUUGCCGCACGACCGCGUGGGGUUGCUCUCCAUGGCGAACAAGGGACCAAACACUAACGGGUCCCAGUUUUUCAUCACGACCAAGGAAAAGUGCCUCAACUUGAACGGAAAACACGUCGUGUUUGGCGAAGUAAUUCAAGGAAUGGACGUGAUUCGACGCAUCGAGAUCCUUCCCACGGACCCGUCGAACGACCGACCGCUUCCAGGCCACGACGCCACCAUCGUCGAUUGUGGCCAGCUAAGUUAGCCCGAAUCCAAUGUGCUUCGUCAAUGGUGCAUAUCGAAGGUCAUUUGUAUAUUGUCAAAUUGAUUCGAAACUGGAGCCGUCAGCAGCAUCGAAUGUCUUAGGGCCCGUCUGGCAACCCGAAAUACUACAAUAUUCUGGCCCAAAACGCCAUUUUGGGGCCGAAUUCAACAAAUUUGAUCAAAAUUGAAACUUGUCUUGAAGAGUAU